CUUGCUUCACCUUCGUGACGCGGGUGGCGUCGUAUGUGUUUCGGUGUGUGUGCCUUUUUUCGUUUUCUUACACCGAUGGUUUAGUUUUCUUACAACACAAGCAUAUUUAGGUGAGGUGAAAACUGAACUUCGGACGGAACGACGAUGUCAGAAUACCGACGACAAAUGAUGACGGUGACCACCACGACUACGAUGGUUCACGGCUGUGCUAGGCGGCCAGACUUGCGAUUUGCUGGUAGUUGUAAGUCCCACGUCCUCACGGUCAGUGAUGCCACUGUCGUCGAACGUGGUUGUCUUGGGCGGGGGAAGUUCGAAUUUGACGCGUCCGAACCAGCGACCGCAAGCCGCGGCUUCGAUUAGUAACAGCUUUUCACUAUAAAUUGGUGGUGUUUGACAAAUUUUCCGCACAUACUACACCUGACCGGGCAUCGGGCUGGAGGCCUCUUCCUGUACACCGUGUGAGAGAGCGCAUUGGACGGACGCGUUUCGCUAGGACGUGCAUCGUGAUAGAAUGCAGUCACGUUGGCCUUAGUCAAGGGUGGGAAACAAUUUUUCGAUAGCAAGCUAAAGCAAAGAACUUUUUUCCGGCAAAAAAGUGUUUGUAGACAUGUGGGUUUUUGGAGCCGUGCAAGUGAUCACAUAGGACGUCGCUCCAUAUCUGAACAGUGUGUCUUGCAGAGACCGGGAAGAAAGUGUCCAGUAGUGCUGUGAUUUGCAACUCAUUUAUUGUAUCCCAAGGAUAAGUUACAUCCAAAGUGAGCACAAGUUGCGGACGGAAGUGACAAUAUAGGUAGAAACAACCCACCGAAACACAAAAAUCCGAUCCUCAUCUACGGCCGUCUGCUUACCAGGAUGGUGCGAACAGUUCCGUUAGCAGCAGUACUGCUCAUUCUGGCAACGCUUGCCAAUGCCAGAAUAUUGCCGAGCCGGAGCAAACAAGUGAAAGUGUACAGCUACGUGCUGCCGGCCGGGGCCGAAGAGAUACGUGACGAUAUUAAUCACUCGUUUGCGUGCGCCAAUCGUACCGAUGGGUUCUACGUCGAUAUCGACAAUGAUUGUCAGAUUUUCCAUCGCUGCCAAGAUAAUGCCCGGUUCAGCUUCAUUUGUGCCGAACGCACUGUUUUCAGUCAAAUGUAUCAAACCUGCGUCCAUGACGGACAGCUCGGCUAUCCGUGUGAAGAGUCCACACAGUAUUACCCUGACGGCGAAGACUACGAACCAUCCGCUCCCGGUUCAGAACCAGCCGAAGAAGCGCCACAAGUGGAAGAAAUGCACCGAAAGCAACCGGUAGCUCACGUGCAAGAGCUUGAAGCUCCACAGCUUCCUUCCAAAGGAGUUGAGGCUAAUGAGCCUAGUGAAGAAACUGUGCAAGACAACGCACAGCAACCAUCUGAGCAAGCAGAAUUCGCCCAGAUAAUGAAUGAUGAAUCGGAACAGCAACAGGAACAGGAGGAACACCAUCAGAUGAAUGCCGAUCUGUUCGAUCCAAUUGAAGAGGAGGGUGAAAUGCAGUCCGAAAAUUCAGCUCAGGAAAUAAUGGAUGAAAGUGAACCUUCAACAUUGACUGUUUCUUCGGAAGCAACUAGCGCUGAUCCUUCGAGUCAGGAAGAACAAUCUAAUGAGGUUGAAGUUAUGGAUGACGCAAUUCCGCAGCAGCAGCAACACCAGGAACACCAGGAACAUGAACCAAUUGCAUCAUCAGAACCUUCAUCAAUAGUAGAAACCUUCGACACAACAUCUCAAGAUGAAGUUACUGCAGAAGAACAACAGCCCGAGAAUAUUGAGAUGGACACGCAAGGAACUCCGAGUGAACCCACAGUAUCUGCAACUCCAGAAAUGGAUAACGAAACACAAUACGAAGCUGACUCAUUACUGAAUGCCGUGCAGAUGGUAGAAGAGCUAGAACCGAUCGUACACGAUCUUGCAGUAGAGACGGACGAGCUUAAACCGCUCGUCGCCGAGAUAGUGCAAGACCCAACACCGCCACUGUUUGUACCAGCUAACCAACAAGACAACGAGGUCUUACCUGAAUCACACACUAGCACAGCCGAUUUGGAAGUGCCACUAAUAGCAUCGGAUGCGUCAUCACCAGUCAACGAUAGUGAACAAAGCUCAACCACGUUGGAAAGCGAUCAACAGGUAAAUGAACUGCCGCCACAGACGGAAUUGAGUUCCGCCGUCAACAGCGAUGAUUCAUCGGAAACACUCGACACCAUCAGUGUGGAAGCGGACGAAACGGUUCAGCCGGCUUCCGAACCGGAAACGGUUGACGUGAAGUUGGCGGAAGAUGAAGCGAACAGCCCCACUAAAGAACAAGAACGACCCCUGGCAAGCCCUGCCAUCGUUGAGGAGAUGGCACCACUGCGACCGAGCGAUAGUGCCGAACUGCCAGAGCUGAUCGUAUCGACCGAGUUCCAUCUGGACGGUGUCACCCAGGGACCUCCGAUUCGGCGAAGAAAAACGUUCCUCUUCCGAGCCGAUGCCAUCCGGUCGCGACAGUGAAGGUUUGGUGUAGGUCUUUUGCCAAGCGCAAUAAUUAGCAGAUUAAGUAGGUCCACCGGUAGAACCAGCGCGAUGAACCGGAUGUCCUGCCGUGACCGUGUAGCAUAAGUUAAUUUAUUUGCAAUUUCAUACGAAACGAAACCCAACACACCUUGUACGUGCUUUAUCAUGCAGGGAGCUACUGUCGAAGUCAAGUUCAUUGUAACGACUUAAAAAUAAACUUUUUAAAAACAUACUUUUAGUAAAUUAUUUUGAAGAAAGAAUUUGCAACGAGGUGAAAGUGAAAUGAUACUUUUCAAUGAACACAAGAAUAUAUUUUAUCUUUUCGUUGAU